AUGGCACAACGGCUAGCCAACCGUCAAGUCGCCGCCGCCUUCCCCGACGAAAAUGCCUUCGUGGAGAACCGAUGGUGCCAACUCCGGGACACGGUCCAGUCAACCGCCCUGGCUGUCCUCGGUCGCACUUGGCGCCAACAUCAGGACUGGUUAAAUGACAACGAAGUCCCCAUCAGCAACCUUCUCCUUGAGAACCGCCUGCACGAAGCCUACAUCAAUCACCCAACCGGCCAUAUCAAAUCAGCCUUCUAUCGUAGUCGCCGUCUCCUGAAACAGCGGCUGCAGGAGAUGCAGGACUCCCGGAUGGCUCACAAGCCUGAGGUGGUCGAAGGUUACGCGGAUCGCAGCGAAUGGGAGAAUUUCUUCUCUGCGAUCGAGGCUGUCUACGGUCCGCCAACCAAAGCAACUGCCCCUCUUCUCAGCGCCGACGGAAAUACCCUACUCACCGGGAAGACACAAAUUCUUCAGCGAUGGGCCAAGCACCUCAGAGGAGUCCUCUACCAUCUUUCCACCAUCUCCGACGCCGCCGUCGCCUGUCUGCCUCAAAUAGAGACCAAAGCCGACCUCGACCUGCGUCCUUUCUCCACAAAACCAUCAGGGUCGUGCAUCAGCUCCCCAGCGGGAAAGCGCCCGGAGCGUGCGCGAUACCUAAUGAACUCUACAAACACGGUGCCCACAACUUGUGGAUCAUCUGACAACGCCCUUUCAGGAGAAGUGGCGUCAAGGAGGAAUCCCUUAGGAUUUCAAGGACGCCACCGUCGUCCAUCUCUACAAGCGGAAAAGGAACCGUCAACUCUGUGA